GUGCGGGAGGAGGUGGAGCCGCCGGGGAGGGGCGGUCCGCGGAGCGGAGCUCAGCCUCCCGCUCCCUUCAGUGCUUGGGUCUCUGGGGGUGGCACCAAAAGCUCCCGCUCAGUGUCCGGCGCCUGGCGGCGGGUGUCCGAGCGUGGACUCGGAGGGCAGCCAGGCAGGUGGAGGGCGCCGCCUGAAGCAGAAGGAGGGACGAGCUGGGAGCUGGGCUGCGGGAGGCGCUGCCGCCACUCUGCCCGCGCUGCCCCGCAACCCGCGGCGGGAGGAGCAGGCAGCAGCCGGCCCUGGGCGCUCGUCUAGCAGAGCGCGGUGGGCAGCGUGGACCCUCGGGAUGCUGCCCACGUUCCUGCAGCCGCCCGCGGCGUAGCAGAGCCGGGGCCACUGCUGAGAGUCAGAGUUCCUGAAUGAAUGUUGCUGACAAAUUCCAGUUAAGGACCAGAUUUAGAGAAAUCAACGUUGACCUUGGAAACACAUUGGAUAAAGAGGUCAGCUGGACUUGUGGGAAUCCCAUCUCUCAAUGGCCACAUGACUGGAGCUGAACCACAUUGCCCACAGUGAAAAGGUAUCCCCGGAAAGUUGUUCUUAGAAGGACACCGGUCAAAGAAAUUAGCACGUGUGCGAAUGCCAGAUGCCCUGUGAGCUUGCCAUUCCCUGUUGACCUUGAGAAGACGAAUCCAGAGCGGUGACCUUUGAGAACCAGCUUUCCACCUUCCUGUUGGCCCCGCCAUUUGGCUCUUGGUCCAAGAUGGAGACGCUCUCCCAGGAUUCCCUGCUGGAAUGUCAGAUAUGUUUUAAUUAUUACAGCCCCCGACGAAGGCCCAAGUUGCUGGAUUGCAAGCACACCUGCUGCUCAGUGUGCCUCCAGCAGAUGAGGACCAGCCAGAAGGACGUAAGGUGUCCCUGGUGCCGUGGCAUCACCAAGUUGCCCCCGGGCUUCUCUGUAUCACAGCUGCCCGAUGAUCCUGAGGUCUUGGCGGUCAUCGCCAUACCACACACUUCCGAGCACACCCCAGUCUUCAUCAAACUUCCAAGCAAUGGGUGCUACAUGCUGCCCCUGCCCAUCUCUAAAGAGCGUACACUCCUGCCGGGAGACAUGGGCUGCCGCCUGCUGCCAGGGAGCCAGCAGAAGUCUCUCACUGUGGUGACCAUCCCUGCAGAGCAGCAGCCCCUGCAGGGUGGAGCUCCCCAGGAGGCCGUGGAGGAGGAGCCUGACAGACGGGGCGUGGCGAAGAGUUCCACGUGGUCUGGCGUGUGCACUGUCAUCCUGGUGGCCUGUGUGUUGGUCUUCCUUCUGGGCAUUGUGCUACACAACAUGUCCUGCAUCUCUAAGCGUUUCACUGUUAUAUCCUGUGGUUGAAGCCUUUCCCAGGGAAGGCCUCUUGCGGGUGCCAACUUAGGGGGUGAGCAAGUGUUGAUGAUGGGAUCCCUGUGAUAAGAUGGGGAUGAUAUUGAGCAUUUGGUGCAAGCGCUGGCCUGCGUUGAUUCGCCUAAAGACAAGGGCGGAGGGUGAGGUCUCAGCAAGAUCCCAGGCGAAGAGUUUAGAGAUGGUGACAGCUGUGAAGAUGUUUGCAUGCUUGUGAAUCCAAUGGGCUGUAAUUUACGAUUUUCCAAAAUCCUGGUCCCAAGUUAGACUUUUCUACUUAGACAUGAAACUGUACAUGUGGGUGCAAUAGCUCUCUAAAUACGGUAGAUGGUAGGUUAAAACAGAUGCUGUGUACACAAGUAGAAUUAAACCUCAAAUCCGUGUUUAAAAAACAAAAACAAAAACAGUGAAGACCCAGAGCUGGCUCCCGUGUGUGCAUGUUUGUGAGUGUGCUCACACGUGUUCAUGCGUGGGCUGUGUGUGUGUGUGUGUGUGUGUGUGUGUGUGUGUGUGUGUGAUUGAACUCUGGUCUUCAUAAACUUUUUAUAUAUUUUGAAUGGCACCCAAAUCAAAAUAAUCAAAACAGACUUUUUGACUGUUUGAAGAAAAUGUUUGCACACAUGUCUCCAGUGUGUUGUGCUUUGUCAAGUUCCUUCAUUUUUCUUCAUCUGUGAUUUAAGCUUGCUAUGUGCUUGUUAAGCUGGAAGCCCAACAGGCGAGUGAUGGACAGGGAAAUAUGGCAAUGCCGAAUUCCCCAGGAAACCUAUAUGCCAAUCUUUCUCAAGCCAUCUCACAAGACAAGAAUUUAAAAUGUAAAUAUUGUGAACCUCUGUGUGUGUUUUGUGUGUGUAAUUCGAUUUAUCUCAGGUUUUUGAUUUUUUUUUCCUGAAGAAUCCUGGGAGUAAGACUUUGUGGACAUGUAUAAGCCAAGUGUCUAAAAUACCAGCCUCCUGGCCGGAGCCUGGGUCUUUCUGGAUUCCCUAUACAAUCACCUCCAGCAUCCACUUGCCGCUUUGUUGUGUGUAGUGAUCCCAUGCCAGUAAAGGCUCGGACAGAGAGCCUCAGAAGAACGUGUCAUUUUUCCCUCAGUUUGGAGGGCUUUGUGUGAAAGUCACAAGUGUUGUUCAUCAAUGGCACACCUAGAUGGGCAUUGUAAUAGACAGUCCUUGAUAAUCUUUUCUUUGAAAGAUUUCCCUGUAAGAGUUAAUCUGCUUAGAAUUCAAUUUCAUCUUGUUGGAACCAGCAAGAAAAUGUUUUGUAUUUCAAAUGUUUCUACUGCCAACAGUAGUAUGGCGAACAAAAAUGUAUGUUCUCUAUGUAAGUGAACCAGUUUUUCCUGAGUGCUCAACUAUUUUUAAAUGUGAAUUCAUGAAGAGAGUUCUGUUAGCAUGACAGGAGCAGUCUCUGUCCCUGGCUGUGUGUGCACUGGGAAAGAGCUGUGAGUGCUAUCGUCCUCUUUGAACUCUGUGGAAUGAGUGAGGUUUGUCAAGGACUCCACUCAGCUGUGUUCCUCUCUGCUGUUCUGUUGAAUCCCUGAAAUGGUGGGAAGGACGGGAAAGGCAAAGGAAAGGAAACAGUGGCACUGGCUGGACAAAGCCAGGUCAGAAACAGUCCUGGAACAUGGAGGCAAUGCUAGCCUUCAUCUUCAAGCUGCGCAACAGACAAAGUGAUGGCUUUGCAGUGAAAUAAAACAAAGGAAUAACAUCUAGAGCACAAAGCUAACAAUUGGCAUGAAAAUUCAACAUCGAAUUAUGAGCUCUGGUUUUUAAAAAUCUUUCAAAUUUGUAAGGCCUUUAGAAAAAAAAUGUAUCUGAGGGCUCAAACUAGAAAUUAGGUUAAAAUACCGUUUUAUUGUGUAAGCUAUUGGGCAUUAUACAACAAAUAAUCUAGGAUUUAUUUGGUAUUAAUAAUUUAGGUAUCAUUAGCUGAAUACUAUCCUCUAUUAUGUAACGUAAUAUAUUGUUGGGUUAGUGUCAAUUUCUCAAACUCUCAGGCUGCUCUAAUGCAUGUCUGACCCACUUUGUGUGUCUCUCAGAGUCAAAAACACACAUAGACAGAAAUGUCGCAUAAAGGAUGUUAUGUUUCCAAUGGAUGCUACUCUUGCAAAUUUAAGCCAGGCCAUAUUUAAAUUCAUCUGGGAGGGAUAUCAGCAUACCUUUCUGUACAGUAGAAAACGACUGAUCCCAUAGUGCAGUGUGUAAACGCGUUCUAGUUAUCUAGGAGGCAAUUUAUAGAUACUAACGUGUGUUGAUAUGGUGUCCUGUGGUUUUUAUUGCAAAGCUGUAUAGUAAAAUUGUCCACAGAACUCUUACUUAAAAAGUCCAUGUUAGAGCUGUAAUUAAGCAAACUCAGUCUGCUCCCUGGUAGACUCUCAACCUCACAACCUGACAGUAACAACCCAAGUCAAAGCUUUUAUAUGUGUGCUUGAUCUAAGAAACAUUAUUUAACUGUUGAAAUGGAUUCUGCCUAGGGUUUGCAUAUGUGCUUAUUGGGGUGUGUGUGUGUGUGUGUGUGUGUGUGUGUGUGUGUGUGUGUGUGCUCGCACGCAAGGAGGACUGCCAAUUUCUAUAUACUUGAUGUUUUAGUUUCUUCUGGAAUUUACCCAAAACACUAAAAAUUUAUCUACCCCAUGUGGCACAAGCAGCAGGUCUUAGAGUCACAUGCCAGUGGCAGGUCCAGCAGUUAUCUCUGAAAGGAGCCUUUACUGGCUUCAUCUUGAGAUGAGCUCAUGGGCGUGUGUAGAGAGCAGUAGUGUGCAGGUUGUAAUGCUAUAGCUAGAAGACAAGACCUGUGUCCUGCUGUGCCCUAUUAGUCCUCCCUAGGCUUGCCACCUUCCCUGUCAGGCUAUGACCCAGUACAGGCUCUGGAGAUGCCCUUUGCUGUGUCAGCUAUUGCUUUAAGGGUUGUUUCAGAGAUUAAUUUCUUUCUAGAUAGCUUCCUUUUGGGGAAGAAAAGGGGGGUUGGUUUAGGGAUGAAUAUAGAUAUUAAAAGAAAACUUUCAAACCAUUGUGAUCCGAAUAUUUAGAAGUGCAAAACAUCAGCCAGGAUGCUGUCCCCCAUAUGUCAAGGAUGAUAAGUGUUGUGUAAAUAGUGACCUAUAAGAAGCAUGACGUUCUUCUUUAUUAAUGAUCUUGACAUAGCAAGGGAAUGCUUACUGUGUUAAGUAGAGCCAAGUAUGGCACUUCAUGUGUUGUCUUUAGAAAAUUUUUGUACAAUGACCUGGUAUAUAAAUUGUAAUGACAAAGGCAAAUUACUUCUGAAUUUCAGUCACACCUUAUUAUCAGGAAGAUCUAAGGCUUUAAAAAAAUAGAAUUAAAUUUCAUGCUCUGCAUGACUCACAGAGUGGGUCUGUUGGAGUGUCAGCUUUGUGUUAGUUAGUUCAGCUCUUGGAAUUCUCUAGGUCAGUCCUGCUUGAUAGAACUUUUUUGAGUUGACGGAAACCGUUCUGUAAUUGUUCCGUGUUGUUUAGUAGAGUGGCCACUAAGCCACGUGGCUGUUAAGCAAUUAAUUGGGGAUGACUGAAGAAGUGACUUUUAAAUGGUAUUUAAUUUUAAGUAAUUUAAAGUUAAAUAUUCCUCUGUGGCUUGUGACCACACUGGCCAUAAUGACAUUAGGAAGUUAACAAAGUGACAGGAAGGCCAAGAGAGUUUGUUGACUAGUAUCAGUUGGCCAAAAGAAAUUCCUUUCUAGCUUAAAGAAGUUUAUGAGCUCCAAUGGGGAGGGUGGCAGUAAAAUCUCAUCCGUUGCCCUUUGGGGUUAUUGCUUAGAUACUUUGGAUCAAGCAAUGAGCAGUUAAGCUUAAAGAGAACUUUAUUAAGCAAGCCCCUUUUCUGGGACCAUUAGCUGCAUGAAGCUCAUAGCUAGACAGUAGCUGUAAAAUUUUUGACUUGCAAGCUAUGCAUGACCUGUGCUGUGAAACUGUAUGUAGGGUCCUGUGGCCAAAAAAUGAGUCAAUGUUACAGAAAAUCAAAUAAAUAAGAGUCUGAUGAAAUCCCCGUUCACUUUUGAUCUCUUUCCCGACUGCAUCACUGCAUCAGUGAGGUGGGAAAUCCAAGAUCAAGCAUGCUUUGCAGUGUUUACAGUGUUUCUAUUUGCCCUUGAAGUCAGCCUGUUUGUGUGUGUAUUUGGUGUGGGCAUAUAUGGAUGGCAGGCUAGAACAGAGGCACUACUUUUAGAGUGAGAUGUGACAUUGUUAAGUGUCUCUCUUUUUAAAUUUAGUUAUCAUUAAAAGGUUUGAAACUUUGCACAAAGGCACUUUUUACAUUUUCAUAGUUUAAAAAAAAAAAGCAAACCAUGGCGUAGUGGACUUUAGAACCUGAAAGGCUAUUGCGGCUGUUCUGUAAUGUUACUCUUAAUUGAAUAAAGUGGAAAAGAGUCCGGCUCAAGAUGCAUUCCUUAGAACAUUUACACUGUAGUCAAUAGUCUGCCACCCAUCCCUUCUUAGAUUUUGAUUUAAAGUUCUCCCUGUCCCUUUCUUGGAAAACCUGUACUGUGUCAGAAUUCCAUAGCUUUCCUUUUCAUCGCCCCCUGCCCCAAUGUGUUUGCUUUGAUAGAACUUAAUUGGGCUGAGUUUCCAAUUCUGCAGCGUUCAAUAGAGAGCAUUGCUCCUUGGGGCUGGUCUUGUUGGCCAAAUGGUGUUUUCUUAAGAAUUUUGUAAGUAAGGAGGCCAAACAGUGAUUCAUAUGCUAUGAGUGAUAUACCCAGACAAUGACUCAGCUCCUCUCUCCUUAGAAGAAUGAUGCUAUGGACCAGGCAACAUUCUGGAACCAAACCAGUAGUUGUCCAACUCUUACCCUGGACCUAGAUGGAGAAAUUGUUUCUUGACAUUUUCACCAUAAUCAGUAAAACAUCAGCAAAGUGAUCCUCAUCCACAUAGAAAUUCUAGGCAAGAGUGAGAUUUCCCAAGAGAAUUUCCACACAGUGUCUAAUUGAAAGAGAUAGUUGCUGGAUCUUUCUUGGCUUGAAACUCUUGAAAAAUACGUGGAAAUUCAAGCCAUUUUUUUUCUGAUACAAUACUACAACACACACACACACACACACACACACACACACACACACACACACACACUUUAGCUGUUAUUGUGGAACUACUUUGGGGAAUGUCUUAAACUCUUAAGACUUCUCCAUGUAUAAAGAGGUAGGUACUCCUUUACAAUGUCAUUGGAAAACCAAUGAUCACUGACACACUGAGUACACAGGGCAUUUGAUUUCUGUAUUCUAAAUAGCUUCUCUCUCUCUCUCUCUCUCUCUCUCUCUCUCUCUCUCUCUCUCUCUUUCUCCCUCGUUUGGUCCCGGUUAUAUUUCAAGAUUGUAAACUACUAUCUCUGAGAUCUUCCAUUCUGAAUCAAUUUCUCUGAGCACUUCCCUUGUCUUGCUUGCUCUGUCCAAUAGUCUUUUGAUUUUCCCCUAUUCACUGCCUGGGGUAUCCCCGUGUGUGCAUCUCACACUUUAGCGGUGCUUGAAAAUGCUUAUCUCAAUUAUCUGGAGUUUAAUCUAGGAAAGUUUUUUAAAAAUAUACUAUUUGUAUUGUGUUAUUAGGGACAAUCAGUUAUUAGAGCAAAGUACUGAGCUCCAACAGAGGGCCUUUCUCUUUGUUCCUUACAGAGUUGCAUCCUGAAUCUUUGUUUUCCCAGAUCACUGUUCUGAAUGCCUCACUAGAUGGAGAACUGUGGCCCACAAGAGAGUCCCCUGUAAUCUCCCUGCCCAGUGAGUUACUGGGUUAUUCUAAAGCAGCUUUUUAAAGGGACUGGUCACUCUUUAACUCAGCAUUUGCUUUUUGAGAAUACAAUAGAAAGUGGUUGAAUAUAUUGGUGGCAAGGAAAUGUGAAGUAGAAAGAAAAGAGAUGUGACAGAUGUCCUUCAGGGGGCAAGUUGAUACCCUAUGUUAUCUCCAUUUAAACAGCAAGAAAAGGCAGUGGCUGUUGUCUUAUGCUGUAUUGGCUUGGUGGACUUAGACAAACCACUGCCAAGUAGCCUCACCUGAGGGAAUGGUAGAGACAAAGCCCUGGGCUCUAAAUAUAUCUUUUAUAUGCCCAGAAAGGAAAAUGUAAUGAGAUUAUGGUUUCAAAAAAAAAAACAAAAACAAAAACAAAAAACACUUGACACUAUACAUCAGCCAUGGUAGAAGCAGAUUGAAGAUCGUGGUAUGUGACCUGGGAUGACUUUACCAAGGCCAACCAUUCCAUCAAGGCCUCCCUGAUUCACAAAACUGCUUAACCGAAGACACAAACAGAAGGUGCCUGGCUGAGGAGGAAGUUCUCAAGGAGUUCUCAUUUUUUUCUCUCAUCCUCUCAGAUGCUCUUGAGUUAUUGGGGCUGUAGAAAAUUCCAGAGUCUGCUAUGGAGUUCGCCAUGGAGUGAACUCUGGGACCCUCUUUGCUGUGGAAAACCCCUAGUUCAAUUUUUGUGUUGUGACUUGAGUCCCUGGAAAAACUUAGUUCAAUACUGUUAUGGUUAUGUCCUUGCUGCUACCAUUAUCAUAUUUAUGUGUCUCACCACUUGUAUGUGUGGCCUCACUUGAUGGUUAGAGGUAUGAAAAUUGCCAUCAGCCUGGGGAAGUUGGCUACAAACUCCCAACAGAAGACGUAUGUAACCACUGCCAUGUUCCCGAUUCCAUUCGUAACCCCCAUUCUUGGGCUUUCUGGCCUUGUAUAACAUACUGCAAUCAAAUGGUGAGAUUAGUGCUGUUCUGAGGCUGUUGAUUCUAGUUCCUGACAUGUUUCAUUUGUAAUAAUGGAGACUAUUUAUUUGGGGGAGCUUUUCUUUGAAAGGGCCAAAUUGCCUACAGAUAAAUGAGCUGCCAGGCUGUGGAGAAAUUCUUGUCCAAAUGUUGCCAAAUGCUGACUUCAUAGGGGAUAUCAAGCUGCUGUUUAUUAAUCUGAAUGUCUUAAAAGCCUUCCUGCUUGCUCUCUCUGUUAUAGACGGUGUCUUAGCCAGUCCUGAGUUUUUCCAAUGAAUCCAAUUUUAAUACAUGGUAUUUUUGUAUGCCAAACUGGUGUCUUGUCCUUUGUAUAUGUGGUAAUGUUCAUUUUACGACUACUGUUUAAACACAUUUGCUAUGAUUAAAAUUCAAAAUGAUUUCAAGUAGA